AUGCAACAGUCAAAUGGUUCUUUCAAACAGAUUGGAUAUGCUGUUGGAGAUCUUUACAUCCUGGGAAAUCCUGCCAGACCACUGGUCGAUGUAUCUCAAUACUCAUUUCUAGCUGCUGACAAAUUAGUUCCCACUGUUAAGCCAGGCUUAUCCCAUCAAUCAUUAACCCAUGCUCGCUUGGGACAUCCUUCUGUGGGAUUAUACAACCGCCUAGCCUCUAUCAUCAAUGAACCAAGGAUAAGCGAAACAACAUUUAUGCCCUGUCCAAGUUGCUCCUUGUCUAAAGCCACUAUGAACAAAGGUAAACCCUCUGCUACUCACUAUGAGCAUGUAUUAGAGCUGAUCCAAGUGGACCUUUGUGGUGGAUUUCGCUAUAAUGGGUACGAAGAUAAUAAAUACUUCAUGACCAUUCGUGAUGCUGCUUCCAGAUAUUACAGUGUCAUACAUUUGAACUCUAAAGCAGGUGCGGCAAAAGAAUUAAUGUCUUGGAUCACAAAGGCUGAGACCCAGUUUACGCACCGAGGUUUGAAAGUAUUAAAAUUAAGGACCGACAAUGGUACUGAGUUUGUCAGCCAGGUACUCCAUGAAUUUUGUAGUUCAAAAGGUAUUGAACACCAAUUAACUGUCCCACACAACAGUUUCCAAAACGGUGGAGUUGAAAGAGCUCACCGUACCAUUAUGGAUAAAGCAAGGACACUGCUUGUCUCAGGCGGUGUCCCUCCUUAUCUAUGGCCUGAAGCUGUGUCAUGUGCUGCCUAUUUGAUAAACAGACUUCCUGUCCCGGGCAAACGCAACAGAGUUCCAUACUGUGUGUGGAAUAAUGUUAGUCCAGAUCAACUCAAUCUUGGGCACUUGAGGGCUUUCGGGUGUCUAGCUUAUACUACGCUUCCUCCCGCACUUCGUGACGGUAAAUUCGCUCCAACGGCUAUUGCUGCCGUUAUGGUAGGAUAUGAUUCCCAGAGAAAAUCUUACAGACUGUAUCAUCCCGAAUCUAAGAAUAUUUACACAUCAAACCAAUUCAGAUUCGAUGAACAGAGCUAUCCACUAGCUGAGUCGAUGGAGACUGAAGUAUCUCACAAAUUUGCUACCUCCACUCUGGGUGGUGUUCCAACAUAUCCCAAGUCGGGCUCCAUCACUACUCUUCCCCACACAGGGAAUUAUCCACCGUUAACUGCUCCUGAUAAAUUUACUGAUGUUACUACUAAUUCGGCCGCUAUUACUGAUUCGGCCGAAAUUACUGAUUCGGCCGAAAUUACUGAUUCUGCUAGCACUAUUAAUGGUGCGACUACUUCUGUUUCGGACGAUAAUGUCCAGUCUACUGACAAUAACGAUGUUACAAGCUCGCCUGUCAACUCUGAUUCUGAGUUUCGCCCUUCUCACUAUUUGCGAAGAUCCAUUGUUCCAUCGGUUGAGCCCGAAAGCCCAGCUCUGCAAGCACAAAUCCAACAGCUUCAUUCUGCUUUAAAAGCCCAACAAGAGGCCGCUGCUCUGGAUAUAGAGAGGCUAACGAGCAGUAAUAUUCGAUUAAUGAAUCAGAUAGAUGAGCUCAAAGUUAACCAUACUACAGAGCUUAAUAAAGCCAAGCAGGAAUUCGGCAGGCACAUCGAACGCAUUCGUCCACACAACCAUACCGAUGAAAGUAUUCUCGGCCUAUCUCUUCCAGAAGUCGACGUGUGCGCUUGGUUAAAAGUAGACAUUUGA